AUGACUGGCGUCCUCCUCUUCCAGCUCGUCUUAUUUCUACCCCUGGCAGCCCCUUCCCAAGGCCAUCACCAUGGCCCUAAGUCUCGCCUGCGCUAUUCCAGGUUCCUAGAUUCAUCCAAUGUCCUGUUCCUGCGUUGGGACUUUGACCUUGAGGCUGAAGUCAUCACGUUCGAGCUGAAGGUCCGGACAGCCGGCUGGGUGGGCCUGGGUGUCACAAAUCGCUACACCAACGUAGGUGCAGACCUGGUGGUGGGCGGCGUCUUGCCUAACGGCAACGUCUAUUUCUCGGACCAACACCUGGUGGAUGAAGACACCUUGCAGGAGGACGGGAGCCAGGAUGCUGAGCUCCAGGGGCUCACGGAAGAUGCCGUCUACACCACCAUGCGUUUCUCCCGGCCUUUCCGCUCCUGUGACCCGCAUGACCAGGAUAUCACGAGUGACACCGUGAGGGUCCUGGCAGCCUAUGGCCAGGACGACACUCCGAAGCUGGACCGGGAACACAUCUUCGUCAAGUCCAUCUUCCUGCUGCAGAUCAUCCACCCCGAUGACCUCCAAGUCCCCGAGGACACCAUUAUCCAUGACCUGGAGCUCACUAACUUCCUCAUUCCAGAAGAUGACACCACUUAUGCCUGCACCUUCCUCCCUCUGCCCAUCGUGAGCAAGAAACACCACAUCCACAAGUUUGAACCCAAGCUGAUCUCCCACAACGAGACCAUGGUGCACCACAUCCUGGUGUACGCCUGUGGCAACGCCAGCAUCCUCCCCACGGGCACCAGCGACUGCUACGGAGCUGACCCGGCCUUCUCACUCUGCUCACAAGUCAUUGUGGGCUGGGCCGUGGGCGGCUUGAGCUACCAGUUCCCGGAUGACGUGGGCAUCUCUCUCGGAACACCCCUGGACCCCCAGUGGAUCCGCCUGGAGAUUCAUUAUAGCAACUUCCACAACCUUCCUGGGAUCUACGACUCGUCCGGGAUCCGCCUGUACUACAGUCCUCAGCUGCGCAGAUACGACAUGGGUGUCCUACAGCUGGGCUUCUUCACCUUCCCCAUCCACUUCAUCCCCCCGGGCGCCCAGUCCUUCAUGUCCUACGGGCUGUGCAAGACGGAGAAGUUUGAGGAGAUCAACGGUGCCCCGGUGCCCGAUAUACAGGUGUAUGGCUACCUUCUCCACACCCACCUGGCAGGCCGGGCUCUGAAGGCUGUGCAGUACAGAAACGGGUCCGAGCUCCGAACCAUCUGUAAAGAUGACUCCUAUGACUUCAACUUGCAGGAAACGCGGGAUUUACCUGCUCGCGUGGAGAUCAAGCCUGGCGAUGAACUGCUGGUGGAGUGUCACUACCAAACACUGGACCGAGACUCCCUAACUUUUGGGGGGCCCAGCACAAUCAAUGAGAUGUGCCUCAUCUUCCUCUUCUACUAUCCCCGGAACAACAUCUCCAGCUGCAUGGGGUACCCCGACAUUGUCUCCGUGGCUCAUGAACUGGGAGAGGAGGCCUCUGACUCCAUGGAGGGCAUGAUGGCCAUGAACAAUGUUGAGUGGACUCCAGAGAACAUAAAGAAAGCAGAGAAGGCCUGCAAGGAGGCCCAGCAGACAGUGAUCAUCAAGACUAUUGACGAGGUGGUGGAGAACACUACAGGCUGGAUCCCCGACAUUGCUCCUACAUCCAGGGGACCCUGCUUGGAGUCCACAGGGGGCAAGGUGGAGCCCCAGGACAAGACCCCUGCAGGCUUCAGGGCAGCCACCCCUGUGACCCUCUCUGGCACCAGCACCAUUGCCCCCAGGACCCUCCCCUUGGCCACCCUGCUGAUCACACAAGGGGCCCUUUCGUGGCUCCUGGUCACCCAGGCUAGAGACUGGCCCUGA